AGCGGUCUUGGACCAUUCCGUUUCGUGUAUUUAAUGAUAACAUGUAUGCACCCUUAUGGGGUUUCCCCUAAGUCGAUUCGAAGAAUAUUGAAAUACAUUACUUCACAAGUCGCUGCUUCUCARAACCAGCUGUUUUCGUAAGAGUAAGAUGGCUACCUGUCCUAAAACUCGCUACGUCCCUUCAUCUCCACACAGAGAAAAACGGUCUCAGUCAGGCCGUGUUGUCCAAGAAUGGCAGGAAGAACUGUGCAAAGUUUUUGGCGAUGGACGCCUUAGUUUAAAACCAGCUAUCGAAGUCCCACUGGAGGAACUUCCCUCUGUUUGCCCCAGUCCAAAAGAGCUGCAUAAAACAAGAAAAGUCAAGCUUCGCUCUGCAGWACAGACAAUCACUAGCAAAGAUGUGAAGUUAAACCAGUUCGACCCCAACUUCUUUUCUCGUACAGAAAUAUGGUGCAGAUCCCCGGGUUGUAAACAAAGAAAGCCCAGAAAAUUCAAGAAAGAAGAUCUGUAUUUAUGUGCAGGUCACAGGAAAAGUCUGGACGAUUACGUCACUAAAAUGUGCAGUGACAAAGGUAUUGAUACCUCUACAAAACACAGCUAUGAAGACCUUGAAGGCUACACAUCACUCAUCGGCACCUUGGAAAGUGCUUUCCAAUCCUUGGUCACCAAAUCGAUACCAUUCGACUGGCCAAUGUUCAGUAAGAAAUCCGGCAUGGUCCAAGAAGUAUGCCUGAAUAUGCGCAAUUUCCUGAUCAUCGUCAAUGCUUUGUUAAAUCCUGAUUGGAGCAACCUAAUCAGUGCCCUGGAUCGACCUAUGGUUAUUCUGAAAGAAUUGUUGAUAAUUCUUAGGAAUGAUGGCGAAGUUAUUGUACAACGAUUGAGGGAACUCGUGGAUCUUCUUCGUGACGUGAUUGAGMACAUUUUGUUUACAUUUGGUAUCAUCUACUCGUGGAUCUACUUAUCCCUGAUUGGAAAUCCUGGAGCACAGCUGGGAGCUGGUAUUGGUGGUUUUGUUGGRAUGGCUGGUAUGAUGGGAGGUCCUGGUAUUGGUACCCUGACAGCAAUGGGAGGYGCCUUCUUUGGGGGUUUGAUUGGUAGUGGUGUCUACAACAUCUGGUAUAAUGUUGAAAGAGAUGAUGAAAGGAUUCACAGAUACCAGGAAUUUGCUCAARCCAAUCGCAGGGCUGUCCAUCAACCAGAGCCUGACUAUCAGAUACAAGCUGUUCCACAAGAAGAAUGCCAAGUGUAUUAUUUGACAGGAAGUUCAACAGGAGAUCUGCUUUUACUUACUAUUCUAUGCUGUGUUAUGGUGUAAACCUUACRAACUCUAGUUGGUGCUCACAGAACACUCAAGAUGAAACCAAGAAYACUGGACGUUUUUUAAAAUAUGAACUCAAACUGAUUGARACUGAUUCUUAUCCAGAACUCUUUUUAUGUUACUCAUCCAAGUAAAAGCAUAUAUAUGACCAGAGUAGAAUGACUGAAAUAUAUGGUACCAGUAUAUGAUGUGUACCUAUACCAGUCAGACAUAUCAUCACUACCUUUUCAAUGUCUCUAUUAGCUGAUUAUUACUCACUAAUAUUUUUCUAAUCAAUUUAGCAGUAUUUUUUUAUAUUCAAAACAUGUAACCUAAUAAAACAGUUGGAUAAUUGAA